CUUUUAAUUGUUCAGGUGUGGGCAUUGCAAAAAACUUGCACCAGAAUGGAAGAAAGCAGCAAAUAACUUGAAGGGGAAGGUCAAAUUGGGCCAUGUUGAUUGUGAUGCAGAGAAGUCCUUGAUGAGCAGGUUUAACGUACAAGGAUUCCCCACAAUUCUGGUGUUUGGGGCUGACAAAGAAAGCCCAUUCCCCUAUGAAGGUGCAAGGGCUGCUUCAGCAAUUGAAUCAUUUGCAUUAGAGCAGUUGGAGACCAAUGUAUCUCCCCCCGAAGUGUUAGAGUUAUCUGGACCUGACGUGAUGGAAGAAAAGUGUGCAACAGCUGCUAUAUGUUUUGUGGCUUUCCUUCCAGAUAUCUUGGAUUCGAAGGCAGAGGGAAGAAACAAGUACCUUGACCUCCUGUUAUCAGUUGCUGAAAAAUUCAAACGAAGCCCAUACAGCUAUGUUUGGGCUGCUGCUGGAAAGCAGCCUGAUCUGGAGCAGCAGGUUGGUGUGGGUGGUUAUGGCUACCCAGCUUUGGUUGCCCUUAAUGUCAAGAAACGCGCUUAUGCCCCUCUUCGAAGUGCUUUUCAGCUCCAACAGAUCAAUGAGUUCGUGAAGGAAGCAGGGCAAGGUGGGAAGGGAAACUUGCCCCUUGAGAAAGUUCCCUCCAUUGUUCAAACAGAAGCAUGGGAUGGUAAGGAUGGAGAGGUCACUGAAGAGGAUGAGUUCUCCCUUGAAGAUCUGAUGGGUGACGAUGCCACUGCUUCAAAAGACGAAUUGUGACUAGCAAGCAGAGAUUAAUUAUGUGAGUGAUGUUCAUUGCUUGUUCUGCUAGAGGAGAUGCCUAAUAUUGGGUGGAGAGUAUGCUUUGGAGGCCAAAAAGUGGAAAUUUUUCUAAAAGAGAGCAUGGAUACUGGUUAGAGACUUUAUCGAUCUUUCAUAACUAAUUGGUUAGUAAUCACUUUUGCUUUUGAAUUGAUGAUCUUUGUUCUUAAUAGAUUGAUAAUGAGAACUGAAUUUGCUCAAUCUGGUUUCUUGUUCUUUGUUCAA